AUGGAGACUGUGUUGCUGGAGCACUUCCCCGGGGGGCUGGACUCCUUCUCCUCGCCCCCCUACUUCGACGAGGAGGACUUUUUCUCCGAGCCGCCCCCGCGGGACGUGCUGGCCGCGGACGGGCUGCUGGAGCCGGACGUGGAUUUCCUCAGCCGGCAGCUGCAGGAGUACUACCGCGACGGCGGCGACCCCGAGGGCGGCUACCGCUGCCCGGCCACGGCGGAGCUGCAGCAGCUCCGGCAGGCCGCCAACGUGCGGGAGCGGCGGCGGAUGCAGUCCAUCAACGACGCCUUCGAGGGGCUGCGCUCGCACAUUCCCACUCUGCCCUACGAGAAGCGCCUCUCCAAGGUGGACACGCUGCGCCUGGCCAUCGGCUACAUCAACUUCCUCAGCGAACUGGUGCAGUCCGACCUGCCGCUGCGCAGCUCCAGCAGCGAGAGCCCCAGCCAGCCCAAGAAAAUCAUCAUCUGCCACCGCGGCACAAGAUCUCCCUCCCCGAGCGACCCCGACUACGGACUCCCCCCUCUGGCCGGUCACUCGCUGUCGUGGACUGAUGAAAAGCAGCUCAAGGAACAAAACAUCAUCCGGACAGCCAAAGUGUGGACCCCCGAGGACCCGCGGAAGGUGAACAACAAACCCUCCGUCAACGACAUAGAGAACGAGCCCCCCUUCGACUACGUGGCGUGA